AUCAGGACUGUGUGGAUGUUAAGGGGUAAAAUUAACUGCAUUAGUAAAGCACUAAAACUGAUAGCAGCUUCUGACAAGCAGCAAAUAAAUUAAAUCUAGUAAGCACCCUGUCCCCCUGUUUUCUGUUUGGCCCUAGAUGUAUUUCACAGAGUAGAAUUGUUAGUUUUUACAAAAACAUGCAAUGCUACCAAAAGUGGUUGUAAACUCACCACUUUCACUUAUGGCUCAUUACAAUCGACAUAGUACUGGCAGAUAAUCGUUGUCUGUGAAAUUUUACUUACUCUUUCUGUUUCUUCAUAAUCCAGCCUGCAAACUGUAGUGACGUCACUGGCGCAUGUGCAGUUCGUAGCUUCUUAAACGGCACGCUAUGUGUGCUGUUUCACUAUCUUCAGCAUGCUGGGUUAUUUUCUUCCAUUGAGAACAGCACAGAGGAAGCCUCGCGAUACUGUGCCCUCCUCCUCUCCUUCCUGUUUCUCUCAUUGUUGUAUAAGACGUCACACAGGAAGAGUGAACUAUAGCAGCACAGAGAUGUUCAUAGGAAGCAGCUGUUCUAGAUAGAGGCUUGGUUUAAACGUGAUUGCGCAUUCGCAAGAUUUCGACAUGAAGGGAAUGAAGUGCGGAAAUGAUGUCUGCACCUGAGCCAGCAAUCAUUACUAAAGAUACCAGGAAUAAGAUUUUUUAUAAAAGAUAAAAAAGGUACUUCCAAACCUUGUUUUUCUCACCUUUAAACGUGUAAGGCUUAUCAAUACAUUGUUGGAUGUUAAUAUGUAAAAAAAAAAAGGGAAAAAGUCUGGGGUUUGCUUCCUCUUUAAGAGCAGUAACAACAUUCCAACUAAAAAGAUCAGAGGUAAAGUUUGUCUGGGUAUUGAUGCCACCCCUGGCAGUCCAGCCUAAGGCCACAGCCUUUGAGACCUCUACAACAUUUAGACCCUCAUAAUAUUUCACACCAAACAAUAUAAUGAAAUAUGCAUUGAAAUCUGUCAUGCCAAGCAUUAUUGUGAUUUUUUACAUUUCAGGUACAUAGACUGUCAGUCUCCAGGGAUGCAGCACAGGAGAUAUUCCUAAAACUUAGACUGAUGCAUAGUCAUUUGCAAUGAAUGGGUUUAAUUAUCUAAACGCUAUGAAUACAGGUAGAGUUUUGUCCCUGAUGUUUGUCUCUGUAGUAUAGCCAGACUGAAUCACUUCACCAGUACUCAGGAAUCACUGCCAACACUGAGGUGUACAGAUGUAUGCCCACACAGUUUUGGUAAUUAUAUCCUUCAAAAAGGCAGUUGUUUUGUUCCACGGGUACUAUGGAUUAAUAAGUAAUAUAUCCAGGGAUUAAAAAUAGAGCCAUAACACAAGUUACAGUCAGGAUAAAUUUGUUUUGUAGAUUGUACACAAUGCAAUUGUAUUAUGUGCACAUGCACUGUGCUCACUCAUAGCAAAAAAACCUAGCACUGAGAAGUGUGCAUUGCAAUUACCUGUACCUUGCUCAAAGAAAUAGCUGAGUAAAAACAAAAAUCACUAUUACAACCAAGAUGUAGAAGUGUUAUAGCAGCAUGUACAUUUAGCUGCGCAUCUUCAACUACAAUUCUGGUUAAAAAUAAAAUAUGAAGCAAACAUCAUUUACUAUAUAGAAGAUACGAUUCUGAGGUAUUGUAGUUCCUUACUUUCACCUCAAAGCGCCGCUGUCCACCAAUAAGGAAAAUAUGUUGGGGAUCCAGAGACAUUUCUGUUAGUCAGGCAGUCCACAAUUGAAAAAAGAUAUACACACUAUUUCUGCAUGGGAUGUGAAUGCUGCAGGUCUCAUAAAGAAGAAAGCUUAUGUUUUGCUGAUAUCUAACUGGAUCAUAUAUAAAUCAAGGAGUUUCACCCAUAUAUAACCAACAAAGAAAGAGAUAUCUGCCUUGAGAAUGCACCAAAGACCUAAAGGAAUCAAAUGGCAAGUAGCAUUUUUAUUUGUCUGGCUGUGUCAUUCAGUCUAUGCUCAGAUUCAUUAUUCCAUUGUAGAAGAAACGAGAAAAGGUUCAGUUGUUGGGAAUUUAGCAAAAGAUCUUGGAAUGAAUGUAAAUGAUCUCUUAGCAAGAAAACUACGUAUUGUCUCUGAUGUAUCUGAAAAAUAUUUCCAUAUGAAUCCAAAGAAUGGAGACAUAUCUAUUGCAGAGAGAAUAGACAGGGAGACACUGUGUGGAGCUGCAGCUGAUUGUGUCCUGACGUUUGAUGCUGUGGCUGAGAAUCCUUUAAAUAUUUUCAAUGUUAAAAUUGAAAUUCAAGAUAUAAAUGACAAUCCACCAACAUUUAUGCAGGACAGAACUGUAUUGCAAAUGAGUGAGCAUACAUUACCAGGGGCAAAAUUUACUCUCAAAAGUGCGAUAGAUUUGGAUAUUGGCAUCAAUUCCCUGAAAGGCUACAGACUCAGUGUAAAUCAGCAUUUUGUUCUGGGAGAGCAGACAAACACAGAUGGUAUUGCAUUCCCGGAACUGGUUCUAGAAAAGCCCUUGGAUCGCGAGGCCCAAAGCAGCUAUGAACUUACUCUAAUUGCUUUUGAUGGUGGAAUUCAAGCACAGACAGGCACUACUUUAAUACAGAUAUCUGUUGUUGAUUUUAACGACAAUGCUCCUGUUUUUACCAAGAAUAUAUACAAAGUGGAGGUUAAAGAAAGUGUGCCAUUAAAUUCAACAGUUUUUCAGGUCUGUGCAAGUGAUGCAGAUGAAGGCGUAAAUGCACAAAUUACAUAUUCAUUUGAUACAGUGUUGAAUAAUAUUCGUCAGGCUUUUACUAUCAAUCCCAACAAUGGAGAAAUUAAAACAAAAGAACAUUUAGAUUAUGAAGUCACUAAAUACUAUGAGUUUACAGUGGAAGCCAAAGAUGGAGGAGGCCUAGUCUCUAAUGCCAAAGUUUUGAUAGAAAUAUUGGAUGAAAAUGAUAAUGUUCCUGUAAUAUCCAUAACCUCCUUAUCGUCACCUGUUCCUGAGGACACUGCACCAGGAACAGUGGUGUCACUGAUUGCAGUCCGUGAUAAGGACUCAGGACAAAAUGGAGAAGUACAGUGUCAAGUUAUAGGUGAUGUACCCUUUCAGCUGAUAUCCUCAGCAAGCAACUUUUAUAAAAUUGUCACAAAAGGCUACCUUGACAGAGAAAAAACUUCAUCCUACAAUAUCACUAUUCAAGCCACCGACAAAGGUUCUCCUCCUCUGUCUUCUGUAAAAAUGAUCCAACUGGACUUGUCAGAUGUCAAUGACAAUGCACCUGCCUUUGAGAAAUUAGCAUAUACUGUAUUUGUACCAGAAAACAAUUUGCCAGGAGUUUCAAUAUUCAGUAUUCAAGCAAAAGAUAUUGACAGUUUAGAAAAUGCAAAACUGACUUACUCUGUAAAAAGCAACAUCGAUGGGAAGGAUCCUAUACCAUUGUAUGUAUCUAUUAAUCAGGUGUCUGGGGUAAUUUAUGCACAAAAGUCAUUUGAUUAUGAGCAACACAAAGAAUUUGUUGUACAGAUUGUUGCCAAAGACAGCGGCUCUCCACCUCUGAAUUCAAGCACAUCUCUAAGGAUUCUUGUGGUAGACCAGAAUGAUAAUCCACCAAUCAUCUUAUAUCCACCAACAAACAGUGGUAGCCCUUUCUUUGAAAUGGUGCCUUGGUCUUCUGAACAAGGUUCUUUAGUAUCUAAAGUGGUCGCAGUGGAUGCAGAUUCUGGACACAAUGCCUGGUUGACUUAUUCUUUACAGUCUUCAGAGCCAUCACUUUUCACUAUUGAUCAACAUACUGGGGAGAUCAGAACAUCACAUGUUUUUCAAGAAAGAAAUGCUUUAAAACAUAAAGUUGUUGUUAUAGUAAAAGACAAUGGCUUCCCACCUCUCUCUGCCUCUGCCACUCUAAACCUUGUGGUUGCUGAUAGUUUUCAGAAGGUGAUCCCUGAUAUGAGCAAUCAGUCAAGCAAACUGGACUCCCAGUCAAAUUUACAAAUCUAUUUGGUAAUAGGCUUGGCAUUGAUAUCAUUUUUGUUUAUGUUGACUGUGAUAAUUGCCAUCAUCUCCAAAUGCAGAGAGUCCAAAUAUUCCUCCCGAUUUGAAUCUGUGAGUACAAACCUGUAUCCAACAGUUGAUCCUAGAUUUAUAUCUCAGUUUAAAAAUGGAACUCUGCAGUUGCCUUACUCAUAUGAUGUUUGUGUAUCACUGGAUUCAAGGAAAAAUGACUUUGGUUUCCUUAGUCCUCAACCAAAUGUUCCAGUGGAUCAUCUCAUUGAUGCUGAUGAUUCAGGGAUUGGAAAUGAAAGCUCAAAGGAUUCCUUGCUUGCAGAAAACAUUUCUUCUCAGCACUCUCAGCCUAAUGCAGACUGGCAGCUCACUCAGGGCCAAAGACCGGGACCAAGUGGGACACAACAACCCACAGAAGAACCUGGAGUGUGGCCAAAUAACCAGUUUGAAACUGAGAGACUCCAAGCAAUGAUCCUGGCAUCAGCAAAUGAAGCCGCUGAAGGAAGCUCUGGUCUCGGAGGAUCAACAGGUACAAUGGGACUCAGUGCUCGCUAUGGACCACAGUUUACUCUACAGCACGUCCCUGACUACAGACAAAACAUCUACAUUCCAGGAACAACAUCAACCCUUACUAAUGCUGCUGGAAAACGUGACAACAAAGCACCUUCAGGGAACAAAAAGAAAUCUGGAAAAAAGGAAAAGAAAUAAAGAUGUAUAGCAGCAUGUGUUAUACCAACAUGACAGAAUUGUGUGAGAUCUUCCCUCUAGCAAAAUCCCAGAAAGAAUGUCUUAUUCACAACAGGAAAGAGAAUGUUUGAAACUGGUUGUAUCAAUCAUUAUCAGAGCCCGUGUGUCCUUUCUACUAUUGGAGCUUGUAAUAGCGAAUACUAGUCUGGACACUGGAAAUAAGUGUUUUGUCAAUAUGAGCCAAUAUGUUCUAAUGGCAAGGUUACUAAGUUCUGAAAAAAUCCUUUCCUAGCCAAUGAUGUAUUCUUAACAUACUAUUAAGAUUCAUAUUUUGCUGGUAGUGUUCCACAUACUUGUGGAACUUCUUCCAAUGUAUAUAUGUUUUACUAAAUAGGCAUUUAUAAUUUAUCAUUAUCACAGACGUUCUGAAAGCUUUGUUAACCCAUAUUGCAUUUUUACAAUUUCCUUUUACAUUUGAAGAAUUUAAAAACAAACAAAAAAAAUGCAUAUAUAAGUUAGUAUUUGGUUCUAGAUGAUAGGGUGAUUUUUUUUUUAUUGUAGACACAUGUAUCUAUAGAUAUGUCUGUUGUAUAGAGCGCCAAAAUAAUACAUAAGAAAUCAGGAAUGUUUGUGGCAAACAAGAGGAAACCAGGGAAAUUAACAUACUCGAAUUGCCAGCGGCCUUUUCAUUAGAAAGUCAACUUUUUUUUAAAAAAAAGAGAUUUAUGAAAAGUAGUAAUUUUUUGACCAAUGAAGCCUCUUAUGUGGGAAAACUGCUGCUCAGAAGGUUAGUUGCUGAUGGGCUUGUUUGAUCUCCUGAAAA